GAUCAGUGUGUAAGUCGGCCCGAGUUAGAACUGUCAGAGACGUGUACAUUUCUCAAACGACGACGUACUAUCGCCGAGCGAACACACACUUACCUUCAUUUUCUGUGAGCGUAAACAUCCAAGGUGACGGAAGACAAGUCAUUCGAUGCCAACAUGUUGGACUACUGUGCCAACGAUGUGUCGGGGAACGGGUACCCAACCUCAAACCCCUCUAUGGCAUCAAUUCUAAACAUGAGCGGUUCUAUGGACACCUCCAGACAGAAUUCCUUCGUCCUAAGCAGUCCCCCUUUAGCGGCGUUACAUAAUUUAACCGAGAUGAAGUUCCCUUCAUCACAACAGUUAACAGACUAUCAACAAAAUGCGUUCAAGCAUUUGGCUGCGAACUCAACACCACAUGGGAUUAAUGACAUUCUAAGCCGUCCCUUGCCAGGCAAUCCACUCGGAAUACCCCGGAUUAAUCCACAGAUGUACCUUAGCCCACAAGUACGGUUUCCAAAAAUCGCAGAAUUGCCAGGUAGACAACCAAUCUACUGGCCGGGUGUGCUUCCGCAGCCUUGGAGACCGUCGCCAGGCUCCUGUGCACGUUUUACAGCCAACUCAUCCAAUGUAAUUGUCGACAAGGAUGGAAAGAAGAAGCAUACAAGACCAACCUUUUCUGGACAACAAAUCUUUGCACUUGAAAAAACUUUUGAACAAACCAAAUAUUUGGCGGGACCUGAACGGGCGAGGCUAGCGUAUGCAUUGGGAAUGUCAGAGAGUCAAGUUAAGGUAUGGUUCCAGAACAGACGAACUAAGUGGCGCAAGAAACACGCCGCAGAAAUGGCUACAGCCAAGAAGAAGCAAGAACAGGCGGAAGACUUGGAAGGUUCUGACUUAGAAGAUGACAAUUUUGAUGGCAGUCGCCAUGACAGUUACGAAGAAAGUCCACUUGAUCAUAACGGUGUAAACGUGUGUUGAGAUGCCACACAACAGACUCCUCUGUCCAGAUGUAGAUCUACCAGUGCUAAUAAUUACUCUGUGUGGUCCGGAAGUGACUGGUGCUGCAAGUUAGCCAAUGAGAAGUCAGAUCUCAGGCACGGCGUGGAUCGGUUGCCAUGGCAAUAGAUCUCAAGAUGGCGGCUGGUCGCCGCGUAUGACGCUAUAUAGUUAUAUGCCCAUGAUGAAGACAUUUACGAGUUGGUCGCUCUCUGAUCUACGUUGUUACUUAGUAACGAUGUUUUGCCAUCAUAUCUAUAUUGCUAUGUCCUCUCGUAUUGAACUUCCGGUCACCGAACUGAUGCUGUGACCUUUAACCUUCAGCUGUAGCCACAUAGGAUCACCCAUACCCUAUCUCCCAGCCCUUUGGCAAAGGAUAAAGUCAAAUAUAUGGUUAUGACUGCUAUAAAUACCCAUUUCAUAUAACCCUACGACAAACAUUAUCGUGGGAGGUUUGAGUUAGGUAGCUCUAUAAGCCAUGUGACGCAGAGGUUGUCGGGAUACGAAGUUGACCUACUGACCUUUCCCGAAAACCCCACCCUGCAUUGAACAGUCAGAUCGCUUUUCUGCCAUAGAGCUGUGAUGUCAAUAGCAAGCUAUACAUCACCUUGCAUUGACAGGGAAAGUCGACGUUUUCAUCUGACGGCAAUUUAUCAGGAUAAGGGAAAAAUAGAAAGAAUUCCAAAAUGACUAUCGGCUUGCAGGUUGCGGUUAGGUGUGUUGUCUAACAAUAAAAACUAUGUUUCGUACUCAUUUAUUUGUAAUAUUUAUCUUGAAUUUAACUUAAAAUUCGCUUUCAAGAAAAAAUAUAUUUUUAUUUAUGAUAUGUGCAUUUUAACAGCUGGGUCUGAACAUACAGAUUUUGUAAUGCAACAACUGUUUCGGUUUUAGUCGCCUGGAGGGUAUAUAAUGGGCUGGUCUUUCUUACGGGUGGUGUUCAAACCAGGAACACAUCGCCUCUGCCAUGGAAAUCCAUGGCACCAGAGCAAGAUAACAUUGUUGAAAAGAACAAAUCUUUAAACCCGGCAACCGGCUUGGGGAAAGGGUGUUUGCAUAGUCAAGUCAUUUAUUCUGUAGCUAAGAAGUUAUCUGUACCACACGAUUUCUAACAGACAGCAAUGAUUUAUCACUUGAGGACAGAAUGAUCGUUUCACUGACCCUAGCAAGAUGGACACUCUCUGAGAACCACAAUGUCAUGAAACCAAGAAAAUAGUUUAGUCUCGUUUUAUUCAAACUUAUAUCAGUCUUGCAUAUUAAUUAUAUUUCGACCAUACAUCUCAUAUCCAAUAUAUUUAAUUCGUUCAGUUACAAAUAUUGAUGUUUGAUUCUAUUUUCGUUGGUCAAAUAAUAUUCCAAAAUCGCUAAAACGAAUGCUAUUGCAAUUUUAUAAAUAUUUUCUUGGUUUAAACAUCACUUUUCAUUGACAUGACAUUUCGACGAGUACAUACUGACAGAGGUUUGUUAUAUGAACCUACCAUCCUACCUACCGCACGACAGCUUGUAUUGUUAUUAAACCAUGCGUAUUUCGUUUCAUACAUUUAUGUAUGGACUUUGUUUGAGAAAAAAUGACAAGUCGGAGAAGCCAUGUUUGAUCGAUAAUGAUGUCAUUAAUGCAUCCGAUCACGAUGGGCACACUUUCAAAGUGCUAUUGAUAAAUUUGUAAAAAUUGAUUUGUUGUUAACAACCAUUUGAAUAACAAUUGACUCUAAUGAUCCCUGCAAACUGAAUUAUGUCAAUGAAAACAAUCCAGAUCAUAAAACGACCGUUGCAAACCGGGUAUAAUUUCCCUGGUUCAAUAAGCAUUUGUCCGGGGAUUAGUAUCGAAAUAUUCUAUGAUUGGGUAUCAAGUCCAACUGUCCACCAUUUGCCAAGCGACCGCCUAAAUAUCGGGCGGCUUUUGUCUUGAAAUCAAUUAAUUCUCCCUCAAGUUGAAGAGGUAAUCAUUUGUUUAAUUUUGCAAUCACCGUGAUGUAGUGUCGAUUAUUGAAAUCCUUGCCAGUGUGCAGACAAAUUAUACUUGAGACAUUAACAUCCGACAGCAGUUGUAUGGCUAGUAGUAUUGACGACUGUCGCAAGGGUUGACUUCGGUUGAUAAAUCGUGAGCCUAUUACGUUGAAUGUGGAAAUUGUGCAAAAUAAAACACAUUCUAUGACAACAUAUUAUAAUAAAUACCAAUUGUUGAAAUUAAUUGUUUUCCACAACAUUGAUUUAUAUCAUUCUCGAUUAACGCAAAGAAACAAAUGAUAUCAGAGUGUGAAGAGAAUGAUUUUGUUCAUAUUAUGAACAAUUAUAUGUAUUCAAAGUGCAAUCUGUUCCCAAACUGAGGGUUUAUAUAUAUUCGUGUUGUGACGCUGGAACACGAGCUAUGAAUCGAUGUCAACCUGUUAGUCGAGGCGCAAAGUAUUUAGAUUAGCAUCCCCCUACACAAACACCUGAGCGUGUUGACAGCUUAUAGCAUAAGCCGGACUUUUGUUUACUUUUAUAUCUUUUUGUUACGUCUCUGUUCUGUUUACUCAUAGGAAGUCUUAUACACUUCCACCAUUAUCAUAUAGAUUAUCAUAUAGAUUAUAAAUCAAUAUCACUAUUGCUUUUUAGUCUGAAAUCUGUGAUUUUAAUUUCAUGACUAUGUAUUUUAUCCAAGUUCGUUCAAGUUACGUUUUCACCAAAAAAAACUCAGUUUAGGUGAAGUAUAUGUUCUCUUUAAACGAGUCUUUUACAAACCUACAAUGGCGCGUAAAUGUCUCGUGUCUUGCCAAUGUGAUAUUGACAACUAGUGUAGAUUUCAAUCAAUUCCUACAACGGCAACCUCGAAUGAUGACAUACUGAACGUAUGUGAUCAAUAUCAGACAGAGUCUUCCAACAAUCACAUCUUCUAUAACUUAUCUUUCUGAAAUGUAACCUUGUCAAUAUCUUGAUCAUAUGGCCACUGCUAGCGUGUUUAAAAGGGUAAACUAUUGUACAUUGACCAUAACCAAAAUGUAUUUCAGUUAAGAUUGAUGUCAGAUUUAGCCUUUGUUGUUUCCUCACGUUUGAUUGACAGUUGUAUAUUUCUGACCCGAUUAGCGAUAUACGUGAUGUAAUAUUAAAUAUUUACAUUUCACGUCCUCUGUGUGGAUUUCUAUUGAAAUGUACAAACAUGAUUUAAGUGUAUAGUAUUUAAAUGAAAUUAAGUUUAUUGUUAAUGAUAUUAUUGAAACAAUGUUUCCUAGUCAGAUGUACCUGUAUGUUGAACUUUGAGCUAGGAACUAGAUGAUACUGAAUGCCAUCUGUGUGUCAGCUAUUCAUACCAUCCAUUAACACAAAUUAGGGGUCUGCAGUAUCAUCACUAUUUUGUAUUUUCAUUGAACGGAAAACUGUUCCAAAGCUUUAUUUAUUAAUUCCGAAAAUGAGGAUAUUAAUGAUGUAAAUCCUCAGAACGCAGCACUACCAGUAGAGAAAAUAUUUCAUAGUCUAUGAGUAGGAAUUUAUUUCCUAGCGGAAGGUUACAAUUAUUGCACGAUGUGUCAAUUAUUCCUACUCCCCUAUGGCUGCUUGUACAUGACAAAAUAGUUCCGCCCUAGACCCAGGGUUGAAAUUUUACAGGGGAGGUAAUCGCAAUGUCAGGUCUUAUGCGGCCCUGAAGGGCCCCUUACGAUGUGUAUAAUUUGUUUUAAGAUGGUUCGAAUAAAGAGAGCCUCGAAAUUGA